GCUUCCAAGAUUGUUGCCAAAAAAAGUGAAGCAGACGAACACCCUUUAGUAGUUUAUUUGUCAAUGCAUGGAUAACGCUGUUGCAGCAGAUUUUUACAGGCUUCAUGGCUAGGGUAUUGAGGGAAGCUGCUCGAGCAGGAAACAUCGACGCCCUAUACGAGCAAUUUCAAGAAGAUCCACACCUUUUGGAGACCAUCGAUGCGGUUCCUUUCAUUGAUACUCCUCUGCACGAAGCUGCAGCUGCAGGGCAAGUUGAUUUUGCAGUGGAGAUGAUGAACUUGAAGCCAUCGUUUGCCUCAAAGAUUAAUCCAGAUGGUUUUACCCCAUUGCACCUUGCUUUGCAAAAACACCAAACUCAGUUACUAUAUGAGCUACUGAAAAUCAACAAAGACCUGGUUCGAGUCAAGGGGAAAAAAGGUGUGACCCUUCUGCAUUACGCAGCUGAACUAGGAGACAUUGAUCUUUUGGCUAAGUUUCUUGUAGCUUGCCCUCAAUGCAUCAAAGAUGUGACUGUUGGCGGUAAAACUGCUCUGCAUAUUGCGGCAGAAAACAACCAUGUUGAAGCGCUUGAAGUCCUGGCACGUUGGCUACGACGGACUCACAACAAAGAUGGUGGAUUCUGGGAAAUUGAAGUCAUGAACUGGAAAGACAAGGAUGGCAACACAGUAUUGCACGUAGCUGCAGCCAACAGCCAAAAUCAAGCAGAGAUGAUAAGACUCUUGUUGGAAUGUGGAAUUCGAAGGAACAUAAUCAAUUUGAAUGGUUUGACGGCUCUGGAUGUUUUACAAUGCCAAGGGCAAGUCGACAACAGGAAGGCUGUGGACAUUCUAAGACAGGCAGGAGGUUUAAAUGCUUCCUCAAUUCCAGAAUCCACACCCUUGGCUGAGCUCUUUAGUUCAAAGGUUGAAUUUUCUGAGAGAUUAAUGAUAAUUGUAACUCGGGCCAGACUCAAUAUACCAAGUGACACACGCAAUGCGUUCCUGGUACUAGCCGGGUUAGUAAUAACAGCAACCUACCAAGCCAUUUUCAACCCGCCCGGCGGUGUUCGACAAGCUGAAGCAGGUCCCACUCAGGUUCCGAGCGGAGCAGGUAGAUCAGUUAUGGAUACAAAUAGUUUUCUUUGGUUUUAUGUUCCAAACACUGCAGCAUUUCUCACCACACUUUUCCUUACGGUUCUGUUUCUGAUAAUUGGUCCUAAUGGUGAAUUGGUUCUCUUACCGCUGCUGCCAUUGGUCAUUUGCUAUGUCAUGUCGACGCUGGUCAUAACCCCAACUGCAACGUUUACUUAUUACAUUUGGCUUACUUUGGUGAUUGCUGUUGCGUCUGGGUGUUGGUUAUUUGGGGCUCAUCUAUAUUGGCUUCUGAAAAUAUGGAAGGUUAACAAGAGUUCGGGAGAACUCACCCUCUCAGUGUUAUCUUAAGAGGGGUGGAAACAUACACGUCCUCUAGCUUUGGCCUUUGCAUAGAUAGAUGUUCUCAGCAUAGAAUGUUGAGAUGAAUUUAAAAAUGUUGAUUGAAUUUAUUGCGAUUUUUCUAGAGAAAUGUUCAUUUUCAUAUCCCCUGGCGCCAUCCAUGGCAUCCUUUUGCUAAUUAUUUCCAUUAUCAUCAUAAUGUAAAAU